ACGUCAGCUGUGGGCGGUGCGCGGGCACGCGUCACCGGCGUCGGCGCACGUCGCCUCUCCGCAGCGCCCGCGCUCAUUCAGUGAUAAACAAACCUUGCCGGCGCCUCCUUGUCAGACAUGCCGCAAGUUUGACUGCCUGCCCGCGAACCUAUAGCUGCCUCCAUGCAUCUUUGCUUACGGUCCACGCAGUACAAGUGAGCUCCGAUUGUUUCACGAUGUCAUUUAACACUUGUACUGGCCGCAAACGUGUCCCCAACUCAUGUGACCUCGGUGGCCUCUUGUUGCAGAUGUCAGCCGUCUCCGCAAGAAGAGCGGCGGUUUUAUCAUAUUUUGGAAAAUGACUGAAGGCAUCUUGAUUCAGCAUGACAAACCGAUGUGCGUGCGCAUAUGGCUAGAGGUGGGCCACGUGUGUGAACCUCGCCGCUCAGCGCUGGGCCGCGCGCUGGCUCUGGACUGGCGGCUGUGGGUGCGCGGAGCCAGUGGGCAGGACAUCAGCACCUUCGUGCAUAAAGUGGUCUUCUAUCUCCACCCCGCUAGCACCUUCGUCUACCCUAAGAGAGUGUGCCAAGAGCCGCCAUACGAAAUCCAAGAGUCCGGGUGCGCGUCGAUAGACGUUCCGAUACACGUCUACCUGAAGUUCAACCACGAGCCGAAGAAGAUCCGGCUGCGUUACAGUCUGGUCAUAGAGAACAACACUCGGAGCAGUUCCGAGUCGCGCUGCGUGUACUACGACUUCCAGAACCCGCCGGAGCGGCUGUGGCGCGCGCUGAUGCGCGGCGGCGGGGAGAUCAUCGCGCGCGCCGGCCGCGCCACGCGCGCCGACCGCCUCGUGGUGCUGGCCGACCGCCGCCCGCCGCGCGCGCGCCGCCCGCACUAUAAGUUCGUGGAACCAGUGGUCUGCCGCCACGGGCCCAAGAGAACCAAACCGUACUCGCUCGACGAGUUGUGCUCCAAAUGCGGCGAAUCUCUACACGUCGACUUUAGACAACAACUGCGCGGCGUGGCCAUGACCGAAGACGAAAUAGCUCGCGUCUCGCAGCUGUACCUGACGUACAACUUGUAUGAGAAGUCGGUGGACGCGCUGACGCUGCCACCGCUGACCGACCCCAUCUACCGUGUGCCCGAGCUGCCGCCCGCGCUCCGCGACGCUCUCAAAGGCGUCAAACUCGAUGCUGCUGUUUAGUUAGUGACGUUAUCUAGUUCUAAAGUGAUACCGAUCCAGUUUUUGAUGAAACUAGUGUUGUGAUAAUCAACGGUGCCAUGAGAGACUCGCUUAGGAUACUUACCUAUAGUUAACUAACUAAAACUAAGAAGAAAAGAAAGUAGAAAUCUAAGAAACCAACGGAAACCACCAUACCUUUAAAUCGAAUUUCAUUUUAAACCGCUAUCGCUAUACGGUAUUAUAAAUAUUUAAGAUAGAUAUCCCCAUGUACCUAAGUACAUUUUUUAUAAAUUACGUAAAAGUCAAAAUUACGCAAACCCAUUAUAUUGCUUCUUUUUUAUAGUUACCUUUUACAAUAGAAAUUGUGAAUAAUAUUCGUUCGUACUUAAACUGAUUCGCACAAGCGUAAAAUAUCAUUAUUUCCAUUUAUUCUUACACUUAUUUCAAACACGUUGAAAAAUCGCUCGUGCGAACAAGGCCUAGAUGCAUAUAAAACCAAAUCUUUAUAUAAUUUAUAGUUUUAGCCUAAUGUAUACUAUUAUGCUAUACUCAAAUGUAAAUUUAGCCAAGCACCCGGAUGUCGGUCCGACAGCUACUUAUGUAAUAUUGAUAUUAUCUACCUUAUUAUUUAGGCAUAAAUAGAUAAGAAACCUAAGUAGGUAGGUACAAUACUGGUGCUGUGAGAUAGAUCUCAAGACAUAUUUCGUAUAAGUACAUAGAUUUUAUAUACAUAUACAAAAUAAAUAAUAUUAAAUAAAUAAAAUAUAUAUAGUUUGUUAUCAUAAAAUAUGAUUUAAAAACAUUUUCUUUUUGUGCUUGAUUUAGGUACUAUUAAUUACAACGUUAGCGAGUAGGUACAUGGAAGAUUGCGCAUAAAUGGCCGCGGUAAACUUGCAAUCUUUAGAAUUUAAAUUAUUUUGUUACCAUGUAGUAUAAAUGGAUAAACUAUCAUUUGUUGUUAUCAAGAUUAAAUAAGUAGAAAAUCUAGGAAUGUUAUAAUAUAUUUUUUAUUUUACUUGA